GGUAAUCAUUAGAACAAUUAAGAUCUGGAAAGUAACCACAUGGAAAGAAGAAAAAAUUGAGACUGUAAGAUUCAAUUCUUAAUUCCAACUGCACAGAGCCAGUGUUCACUCACUGGGAACCUAAAACCCAUUUAUUUGGAAUAAGAUGCAUCUGACAACAGCAAACUAAAAGUAGUAAGGUUUACAGUAGAUAAAAGAACUUUAAACCAAAUAUAAUGGAACAACACUCGACAGUGAAAACAAACACAUGAAAAGCAAACACAUCAGCAUCACCUCACUAACAACAACAACAAAAAAAAACAAAACAAAAAAAAACACCUUAGGUUUUGCACAUAAGCAUAGUCAGGAAAGGGACAAAUUUAUCUAUAGAGAGCGAUUCAAGACAAAAACCUAAAUUAGGGUUCCGACAAAUCAGAUUAGGAUCAAUCAUAAUGAUUCUCUUUUGCAGACUUUCCCACUACUGCUACAGGAACAGCUGGAAUGGUGAUGGCCGUUAAAGAUUGUGGCUUGAGUGAAGGAAGAAAUCAAACUCAGUGCUAACUUACUUUAAAAGAGUGUAAGAACAGCAAGGAGAGCGUAUCACUGAACACCUUUGUGAUUGAUGCUGAUCCUCUUGGUGGACACAGUACGGGGAGUAAUGCGCUAGUUACAUUCCAACUUGCAACUAUAAAAGAAGUUGGGGAUACCCUGGGAACAGAAGAUAAGGCUAGCCUUGUGAAGGAGAAAGAUGGUAGUUACUGCAUGCUGCAAGCCACUGAGUCAACUUCUCAAGACUCAACAGCCCUUCCUCUCAACCUUGCCUCAGUGUGUGGGCAGUUGUCAAAUUUCCUCAGCAACAUAAAUUCUGUGCCUCCUCUUCCUGUGGUUAUGUUUGCACAGGCACCCACGGAUAAUUCAGGGUCAUUCAAAAAGAAUGAAGGUUAUUACUCUGAUGUGACUGAAAAUGUGGCAAAGAAAAAAAAUAAUUGCAUAAGUGGAGUAUGUGCUGAGAAGUUACCUGGUGCAAUCUCUGGAGAUUUCUGCAGGCUAGCACUGUUAGAGGAUGUAUAUGGCCCAACUAAUUGCAGGUCAGUGCUCUGUACUUCAGCCAGUAUUGGAGGUCAGCAGUCCUACACAACAACUUCAUUCCUGAAAUCUGGAAGUAGUCAUGGUGAGAACAAGCAGAAAAAAGAUUUAUGUGAGGAUCCAGAAAUUCUACUGCCAGUCAAGAAGAAGACACGCACCUUCUAUAGCUCAGAGCAACUAGAAGAGUUGGAGAAGGUGUUCCAGGUAGAUCACUACCCUGACAAUGAAAAGAGGAGGGCAAUCGCAGCUGUAGUUGGGGUGACACCACAGCGUAUCAUGGUGUGGUUUCAGAAUCGCAGGGCAAAGUGGAGAAAAACAGAGAAGUUGAAUGUCAAAGGCAGCAAAAAAUACUCAACAUCAGCAGCUCUGGCAGUCCAUGCUGGGUCAGACAUUUGUGGGGCACCUCUUCUGCCAAUGCCUCCAUUGCCUGAUCAGUCUGCCAUAUUAAGUGUAGACACUACAGCUGGGAACUGCUCCAGUAGGGUCAGUGAACAUUCUGCGUUGCUUGCUUCCUCCUCAGUCUCUCCAGUGACAGGGAUGAUAGGAUCUUGUGAAGCAGUUCAGACAAAGGCGUUGCUGCAGCUUGACUUCAGUUCCAGCAGAGUGGAGUGCUUCCCAAGCCUUCCUAGUCCUCCACCCAUUCGUAGGGCCAGCCUGCCUCUCAGUCUUUCCUUCAGCCCCUACGGUCACAUUGUCCCAUUGAUGCUGGAUGCUCCCAACAGUGAAUGCGGCUUGUCCAGUCAGGAAAACAGCUCCAAGGAGGCCUUCGCUUAUAGCAUCCAGGAUCAAGGCUUGUGUUCAGCAGUUUCUUCUAAGCAGCUGGACUUUAUAGGUAGUCUAGAGAUGCCGUACUGUCAGUAUGGCAGCCAGGGUGGAACUUACCAGCUGUCCCAACAUCCCCAGCAGCAUCAGUGUUCCCAGUUCCACCGUCUGCCAUUUCACCGACCCAGCAAUGUCUCCAGCAUUCACCUCACUUCUACAACACCAACUGAAUCCUGUUCAGCUUUCCUUGCCUCACCUAGCAGCAGUGGAAUGGUAACCUAUGGGCCAGCAGGAGACACACAGGACUAUGUACAAAACCAUGUGGAGGAACAAUUUGUGUUACAGUGGCAGAAUGGAAACGCAGAUAAAUUUCUGAAAUCUUGA